GGACAACUUACAUAGCAAAAAUGCCAAUCUCCUAAUAUUUGUUCCCAAUCGAGGCAUCGCAGAGACAUAUCUAGUAGGAACAAAAAUGGCGACUCAAACUGCAAAUGGCGACGUAUUGAUGCUCGAAGCUUCACCCGAUGCAGCACGACCAUGGGCAAGUGCUUCCAAUGCAGAAACCAUCGAUGCCUUGCCUUACGUCGACGACGACUAUGGUAACCCUGCCGUCAAACAAGAAGUCGACCGCUUAGUCGAGGAAGAGAUGCGCCGAAGUUCCAAAAAGCCCUCUGAUUUUCUCAAGGAUCUUCCUCCUCUUCCCAAGUUCAAUUUUGAGGAUCAUCCAAUGCUUGCUAGAGAAUAUGAGCGAGUCAGGGCCGGAAAGCCUCCAAUGCCACUUGAUACAUCUCGGUAUAUACCAGAUGCUCCACCGUUAAAUAAACAGAAUGAUGAAACAGCUUGGAAGCAGGCUCUUCAAAAAGCUCAGCGCUUGCUACAGCAUCAGGAGAUAAGGCUUGAAAAUUUGGAGCUAAUGUCUAAGUUUUGUCCUGAUGUCUGGAAGCACUACAACCAACGGCUUGAGGCGUCUUUAAACCGAUUGCAAGCAUUAGCUGCUGAGCACGGUGAGAAGAUUGAAACUGUGAACAGGGAAAGAAAGUUUCAACAGCAAAAUGCUGGCAAUGAGCUAAAUGUUUUAUCUGCACAAUGGAGGGAGCUUUGUUUGAAAAACAUUGAAAUUCAAGAAGCUUGUGUGAAAAUUGAAAGUCAUCUUGAAGAAUUAAGGAAAGAAGCUGCUGAGAGGAUCAUUUGGUUGUGGGCUGUGACAGUACAUAGCUCUGCUGCAGUUUCAGCGAAAUUAGCAUUCCACCCUUUAGAAGAAACUAUUAAUCUCAGGGGUUCAGCAGCUGAUGGGUUGAGGCAGUAUUUUUAUUUCAGAAGGUGCUGUGCAUGGCGUUGAUACGGGCAUUUGCCCGUGUAACUCUUCCUUUGCGUUGCAUGUUCAAGAAUAAAGUUUUUUUAGGUUUGAUUAGCUUUGUGCUCUUACAUAUAUAUUUGUUGUCCAGCGAUCUUUCUUUAACCAUUAGUAAGAAUCAAGUACUUCCUCACUUUGUUUCGUGUUUUUCUCACUCCAAUUAAUCCAAAUGAGUUGCUUAGAAAUUU